AUGCACCCCCCCCAUUGCCUUCCAUUUUCCUUUGCUUUCCUCUCCUUUCCUUCCUUCUUUACCUCCUCCCUCGAUCAUCAUCCUCUCCUUCCCCUCUGUCAAUUGCAGUACUUUCAUCAAGUUGUAAGUUUUGGGUGUAUAGCAGCGAACAAAGCGCUUCUGUGUUAG